AUGGCGACCGAACUGAGACAUCGCAAGCCAGUAUCUUCGAAGUUUUCGAAAAAACGUGGUGCGAUUGAGAGGAAAACUCGUCGAUCGGACACCAGAACCCAGUCAAAGGCCGAUAAAUACUCGGUAUUGUUAUCAUUGGCAUUUUUCGGCUCGCUUCAUGGGCUUGCUCGCUUCAUACCAGAAUACACGCACAAAUUCACGCAUCUCCAGUACCGGUACGACAAGCUGGACGCGUAUGAUAUUGGUGUCGAUGACACGUACAUGGUGAUCACAUUCAUAGCGGCGCUCACGCUAGUGCGAUCGUCGCUGCUGCAAUACGUGUUGAAGCCCAUUGCGAUGCGUAAGUUUCAUAUUGGGUCCGUGAAGGCACAGCAGCGAUAUGCAGAACAAGGCUGGUCUUUGGCGUAUUACAGUUUUUCGUGGAUCUACGGAUUUUACCUGUACUAUCUUUCACCUUAUUUUGGCAAUUGUGACCACAUAUACCUGGGUUGGCCCCACGAUAGACUUAGUGGCAUUUUCAAGACGUACUAUUUGCUACAAAUCUCUUCUUGGUUGCACCAGAUCAUAGUUCUGAAUGUCGAAGAAAGACGUAAAGACCACUGGCAAAUGUUUGCGCAUCAUAUUAUCACGUGCUUGCUGACAACCGGUUCCUACUACUACUAUUUCACCAGGAUCGGUCAUGUCAUUCUUAUCCUGAUGGAUGUCGUGGACGUGCUACUGUCGAGUGCGAAGAUGCUAAAAUAUUGCGGAUUCUCUAGGGCCUGUGAUUACAUGUUUGCCGUUUUCUUGGUAUUUUGGGUUGCCUUGAGACACGGCGUCUACAACUACGUCUACUAUCACGCGGGGACUAAGGCGCCAGGGUUGAUGUUAGACGGAAAAUGCGUCGCAUUUUCGACCCAAAAAAGGUGUUGGACUCCUAUUGUCAUUGACGUGUUUCUGUGGUUACUAGGCGGUCUGCAAGUGAUCACUAUAAUUUGGAUGGCACUCAUAUUAAAAGUGUUAUUCAAGAUCAUAAAGGGUGGGAACGCAGAGGAUGUCAGGAGUGGUGACGACAGCGAUUGA